AAGUUUUGUGGGUUUUCUUUCUCCUCCUCCAACCUCCGCGGAGGCCACGACUCAGGCACCGCAGCCGGGGGCCGCCUCCAUGGUGCCGGGCGGCCGCUGCUGAAGUCAGCGAAAGCGAGCCUGGCCUGGAACGGGCCGCGCGGGAGGCCAAGGCCAUGGCCAUAGCCACGUCGGCCCAGCUGGCCCGGGCACUCUACGACAACACCGCUGAGUCCCCCCAGGAGCUGUCCUUCCGCCGAGGGGACGUUCUACGGGUACUGCAGAGGGAGGGCGCUGGUGGGCUGGAUGGCUGGUGCCUCUGCUCUCUGCACGGCCAGCAGGGCAUUGUGCCCGCCAACAGAGUGAAGCUCCUUCCUGCUGGCCCGGCACCCCAGCCCAGCGUCACCCAGGUGCCCCCAGCCCAGCCUGGCUCACCACGUCCAGCCCCAGAGCACGGCAAUGAGGACCAGGAGGUAUAUGUGGUGCCACCCCCAGCUCGGCCCUGUCCUACCUUAGGACCUCCGGCUGGACCCUGCCUGCCCUCCCCUGAUCCCAUCUACAAGGUCCCCAGAGGGAGUGGGGCCCAACUGGCUGCCCCUGGAGACACCCUGGAGGUCUAUGACGUGCCCCCUACUGCCGUCCGAGUUCCCUCCAAUGGCCCCUAUGACUCCCCUGCCUCCUGCACCCGCCCUCUGGCCCGGAUUGCUCCGCAACCCCCUGGAGAGGAUGAAGCUCCCUAUGAUGUGCCUUUGACCCCAAAGCUACCGUCAGAGCUGGAACCGGAUCUGGAGUGGGAGGGGGGCAGGGAACCCGAGCCCCCCCUCUACGCUGCCCCCUCCAACCUGAAACGGGCCUCAGCCCUGCUCAAUCUAUACGAAGCGCCGGAGGAACUGCUAGCAGAUGGGGAAGGUGGAGGCACCGAUGAGGGCAUUUACGAUGUGCCCCUGCUGGGGCCAGAGGCACCCCCUUCUCCAGAGCCCCCAGGAGCCUCAGCCUCCAGUGACCUGGACACUGUGGCCCUGCUUCUGGCCAGAAGCCCCCCACUCCCACACAGGCCCCGCUUGCCCUCAGCCGAGAGCCUGUCCCGCCGCCCUCUGCCUGCCCUGCCUGUCCCUGAGGCCCCCAGCCCUUCCCCUGCUCCCUCUCCUGCUCCAGGCCGGAAAGGCAGCAUCCAGGAUCGACCUCUACCCCCACCCCCACCCCGCCUGCCUGGCUAUGGGGGCCCCAAGGUUGAGGGGGAUCCAGAGGGCGGAGAGGUAGAGGAUGAUCCAACAGGACACCAUAAUGAGUAUGAGGGCAUCCCGAUGGCUGAGGAGUACGAUUAUGUCCACCUGAAGGGCAUGGAUAAAGCUCAGGGAUCUAGGUCCCUGGAUAAGGCCUUCCCAGGGGAUCCUGAACUGCUGGAGAGGGGGUCACCGGAGCAGCAGGAGGCCCCGUCCCCAGGGGAGCCGCUGGAUCUGCCCACCGGAGACCUACAGCUCCUGCACUUCUACGCAGGCCAGUGCCAGAGCCACUACUCAGCACUGCAGGCGGCCGUGGCAGCCCUCAUGUCCAGCACCCAGGCCAAGCAGCCCCCACGCCUCUUCGUGCCCCAUGGCAAGCGGGUGGUGGUGGCCGCUCACCGCCUGGUGUUUGUAGGGGACACUCUGGGCCGGCUGGCAGUGUCCGCGCCUCUGCGAGCACAGGUCGGGGCUGCAGGUACAGCGCUGGGCCAGGCACUACGGGCCACGGUGCUGGCUGUCAAGGGGGCCGCCCUGGGCUACCCAUCCCACCCGGCAGCCCGAGAGAUGGCGCAGCGCGUGGCGGAGUUGGCAGGGCAGGCCUUGCAGUUCACCUCUCUGCUCUCCAGCCUGGCCCCCUGAGGGCCCCCUCCAGGACCCACUCCUCCCCUCUCCUGCCUGCUGGAGCCCCUUUUGGGCCUUGGGUGGCCGGAGGGCUCCGUUUUAGGGACCGGGAGAGGCGGGGGCGUCUUUCCCCUUCCAGUCAUCUCAGUCUCUCACAGAGAUGUCCCUCCCCCUCCCGCAGCUUUUUGUACGAGCCAUUUUGUAUAAAUUAUUUAUAUUUAAUAUUAUUCCCUGUUUUGUCAGGGGCAAGUGCCAGGCCCUUUGGGGCAGGGAGGAACUGGACUCUUUUCUCUCAGCCUGGGGUGGAGGUUCUUGGUCACUGCACUGCCCCCCACCUCUGGAAAUGGCCCCACAGAGAAGCAGGUGGCUGAAUCUUGGGUCCACCCAGAGCCCCUUUCUUGUCCUGGUUCUUGGCUCUAGAACAUCAGCACCUCACUGUUGGCUGAGAGUGAGGGCAGGACAUUGACCGCCCAAAAUGUGGAGGUCUGGGAGAGGCCCGAGGGCUCCACCCCAUGGGAGGCAGGACAGAGCUGGGCCUCAGUAAGCCCUGCUGUCUGGUUCUCUGCCUCUGCUUCUUGGGUGCUUGGGGGAGGAGCUGGGCCUGGUGGCCC